AUGUCUAUAACAACUUGCCAGAAGGUUACUCUUAUAUCAUGCUCUGUUCUCUGUGUUUCUCUUUUCUUGCCCAGAAUGCUUUUACCCAGAGGAAAAAAGGAGAUGGAGCAGCCUGAGGUUGGACCCGGGUUCUACCCCUCUGUGAUGCAUCAGCUGUCAGUGCCAGAGGACUCAGAACGGUGGGGCGUGGACCCUUCAUACACCAUGACACACAGUGCAGAGGCCAUGGCCAAAGUAAAAGUCAUCGGGCGAGGCAAGAAAUACAACCUGAUGGCUCAAGUGAUACCCAUAUAUGGCUUCGGGAUCCUUCUUUACAUCCUCUAUAUCAUCUACAAGCUGACAUGUAAGGGGAAGACUACUAAAUCAGGAAACUACACUCCGGUAACCAUGGCUAAUAUGGAGGAUGAGAUUACAACAGAUAAUGAGCUUGCCAGGCUUCAGGAGAGACUAGUGCAGACAGAAAGGAUGAUGGAGAGGAUUGUCUCAGCAAAAGGCCGUGGUUCUGGGAGAAGGAGGAAGAGUAAAACGUCGACAUCAAAGAAGGAGGAAAAAUUACUCAGGCAACUUCGACAGAUCACACAAUUGAUGCAAGAGGGCCGGCUGGAGGCAGCCUCCCCAGAGAUGGAGGCCGAGGAGGUCCCCUAUGGUGCAGACUGGGAAGGCUACCCAGAAGAGACCUACCCAGAAUAUGAUGUUCCCUAUGACAGCCGAGGAUUUGACACCAUUAUGCUGGAGGAACACAGCAGCCAGCCCACUGCUGAGGCCCUGGCAGAGAGGAUGUUGCAAGAGGAGGAAGAGAUCAUGGCAAGAAAGCUGUCUGUAGUGCAAGAGGAAGAUGAGGAUGAAGAGGAAGAGGAAGAGGAGGAGGAUGGAGAGGAAGAGGAGGAGGAAGAUGAGGACGAAGAGGAAGAAGUGGUGGAAGCAGGGCAAGACAUAGAAGUGAUGGAGGAGGAGGAGGAGGAGGAAGAAGAAGAGGAAGCAGAGAAAAAGCAGUUGCUCAGUCCUCGUUUUUCCCGGCUUGCGGCAGAGAGGGAGCAGGAGAGACUUGGACUGGAGGUGAGCAAAGAGCUACAGUGUCAGAAUGGAGGGAAGAAGCAAAUAAGCUUCAGUGACCGCAAAGAUGUGUUCCACUACCCAAAAGAGGAAACUUACGAGGAGGAGGAGGGAGAGGAGAGGGAAGACGAGGUGGAGGAAGAGGACGAGGGGACAGAGGUAGAGGAAGAGGAGGAAGCUGAUGAAGAUGACCCAGUGAUGGAGGCAGAGAGCCUGCUGUUCAGCUGCGAAGGUGGCUCAAACCCGGAGGAAGAAGCAGAGGAGGAUAAGGGAGAAUAUUUGUUAAUGUCAGCGAUGGUGGAGGAUGACGGUCGUCUGAACGCUGACAUGCCUAAAGAAGUCGGGGUGAGUGGGCUGAGGAUGCGGAACAGAAGGGAGACUUAA